AUGCCCCAUCAGACAUUUGAACACUACACGUUAAAAGAAACACCCUGUAUGUUUCAUCCAGAAUAAUAUUGUAUUUGUUUAAAGAAAUUCAUGAAUUUAUCAUAUGAAGACAUGUUUUAGAAGUAUUACAUUAGAAUUUUUAUUAUCGGUAGAUUCAAUGCAACCUGCCAGUCGAUCUGCAGCUACGGUUGCUACUCAUCAGGGGCAACUUUGCCUGCCCCUGAUAAAUGGCAACCGGGCUUACAGUCUGACUGGCGGGUUGCAUUAAAUAUAUUGACGACAUUAAAUUCAAAUUUAAAGCUAUCUAUUAUAAUAAAUGGUCUCGUAUGGCAGUUUUACAGAAUGACAAGCAAAAACCUUUCAAAAUCUUUGUACGACGAUACAGAGUACAUUACACGAGAUGUAUAAAUAUUGUUUAAAAACUGCUAUUUCGAUUAUCACUACUCUAUCGCACAAUUUUGUUACAGUAAUUUUCGUUUAAUCAAUAGUAAGUAGUAUUUAUGGCACACAAGGCGUAAUUUGUGAGCACAAAACAUUAACAUUAGAUUUAGUGCCAAAGCUAUCGCUAAAAUUUUGAAGAGAAACUCGAUCGUUCUUAACUUUUUCUCUCCUGAAACAUUAAACGUAAAUUAAUAAAUUUAGCUCAGUUGCGUCGAUUAAUACAUGCACAGAGUGUACGUCACCUUCGCAUAUCACGCGCGGUGGACACAGAAGCAUCGCUAUUACUCACCGCAUCUGCAAAUCAAGGUCAAUGACAGCGAAGAGGUGAAGCGUUUGUCUCCAGAGCAGACGAAAGAAGAUCUGCCACAACCACCCCCAACCACGCCAACGAAAACGCAAAAGCUACCAUCACCGUCCUCCGUGGUGACUCCUAAAGCGGUCAGAAAUAGUUUCGCCAGAUCUUCCGAAACUGUAAGAUCCAGAAAGAACUCGUCGACCCACGAAACCGCGGAGGUAGAAAGCGAAAUGAAAAAGAGUCCAAAUUUGGAGCACAGUAAAAACAUAACAAACAAUAAGACCGGAAGACCACCUUCUGGCGCGCAUCCUCCGAACAAUUUGCGAUUAAAGAGCCCAGAUUCUCCUCGCAUGUCUGGAAAGGCAUCUCCGACAAAAUUACGGCUUCCAAAACUAGCACCCUCCCCCACGCCGCAGGAAACUAUCCCAAAUCCCGACACCUCUCCAAAAGUCAGUUUGCCGAAAUUGAUAGAACCUUCUAUGCAAUCGACCCGCGUCGCGCAUUAAAGGAAUUUUUCGUGUUAUCAAAAGCUACGUUCCUAUCCAAAUAUAAUUACAGUAUAAUUCCAAUGAUUUAAAGUUCGUCAAUUUCCCCACUUAACAGUUCCGUGGAAUUUAUAAAAUACUCUGUAAAAAGUCGGUUUCAAAUAGAACACAUUUAAUUAUUUUUUAAGUUAUGCCUUAUAACGCAUAAAACAACAAACUAUGUUUUCGUGUAUCGAUAGUACUUUUUGCACAUAAAUUCACAAAAUAGAGAAGUUUCUAAAGUAAUAUACUUAUAAUAGAAAUAUAUAUAAAUCACCUUUGAUGUACAUAGCAAAA